AUGAAAUUUACUGGUAAUAAAUCCAACAGCCACAUUCCGAGUAGUCCAGUUGAAGAUCCAGAAAGUGUACAAGUCAAGUCCACAGAGAAUGAAAUCAAACCACCUUUACCAACAGAUGGACCCCCUGAUGAUGUUCAGGCAUUCUUUGGCCAUCCCCUCACACAGCUGGCUGCCGAUGAUAUUAACGGAGAUGCAGCAGGGAAGGCCGCUGGUGCUGCCUUAUUUCAUGAGUUUAACAAGCUUCCCCCCAUAAACAAAUUGGAACAAAAUGAACAAAAGCAAGAAUUUCAAAGAGAAACGGUAGUCAAAUUAGCGGGAGAUGCAAAACCAGUAACUGGAGUACCUAUAACAGAAUAUGAAACAACCACCAUAUUCAUCAAUGAAGAAGAUUUGAUUUUGAACAAUAAAGAUAUAGAAAGUAUUGAAACUGCUAUAGAGGAAGUGGUAGAAACGACGACAACAGCUGAGCUAAUGCAGGUACAAGACGAAACUCCUUCAUCUUUGUCAGUGAUUAAAGAAGUGGCCUUACUAAACUCCAAUCAACAGAACGAAGAAGAGUUGAAAGAAGGGAGGCCACUUUUAGAGAAGAGUCCUGAUGUCUUGAUUAAUCAAUCGUCAACAACGACCACGACGACGCACCUAGAGGCAAAUUUUCAUCAUAAUUCAUUACCAAUUAACCAUGUGACAACAGAGAGCGCACCCAUCACAACAACAUCAUCAUCACCGAUCACUGCUGAAACCAAAUCUGAUUCAAUUGUGGACGAAACUCAGGUUGCGACGGCAGCUAUUGAACUUCCAGUAGUAGUUAAGGAAGAGAAUCCGAAAAAGGCUUUAGCAGAAAUGCUGAAGUCGAAAGCAAACAUGAUGCCAACUCAACAAAAUAUGAUGGAUGCUAGUCAAGUGCAGGGAUUUAUUGACGAAGCUUUAAAUAUGGCUCCAGAAAUGUACAGUGUGAAAAACGAUGGAUUUUUAAAACAAUUAAAUGGCGAAAUAGACAAUGGAUUAUACGGUGCUCAUGUGACGGAACCCUCCGUGGUGUGCCAGUCUUCACUGACGCAAGACAAUUCUUACGGAUCGAUCGUUCAAUCGACUCAAGGACAAUAUUUUCAAGUGCUACAACCAGUGCCAACAAUAGACACUACUCCGCCAUGUAUGAACAAUAUCUAUUAUAAUCAGAAUUUUAACUAUAACAAACCAAUGGAACAAGAUAAACAUGUCGAUAUUGAGCGAUACAUUCAGCAACAACAACCUUAUGUGUACAAUCACCCCAGUUAUUAUACCGGUGCUGGCACCAACGAUAUUGAUAAUAUGAAAUCACCUGAUAGUGGUUACCAGGAACCAUGCUUAUCACCAGCUACUGGCAACAUGGGAAUAAAAGAUUUAAGUGGAUAUUUAGACAAUAACAUGAAUAAAACUAAAACACCAACCAAACGACGAAGAUCGGCUAACGUGGGAAUGUAUGUAAGACAGUACUCGAAUCCCGAUAAACAUGGCAGUGGAACAGUCAUUCAAAAAUUAGAGUCGAACCCCACAGGUUACAGGUAUUUUCUAGAAUCACCUAUCUCAACUACUCAGAAAAUAGAUGAAGAUCGUAUAACUUACUUGAAUAAAAGUCAAUAUUAUGGCCUUACAUUAGAAAAUAUCAACACAGAAAGAAUCCCUAAAUCAGCUACAGUUAAGUCUAUUAUCAUGUUGGUGUUCAGAGAUCACAAGUCACCAGAAGAUGAGAGAAAGGCAUUUGAAUUCUGGCACAGCCGACAGCAUAGCUACAAACAGCGUCUUUUAGAUAUAGAUAUCAAAAACAGUCAAGGUAUAGGACCAGGAAGUAUAGAAGAGAGAGCAUUUAAUGCAGUAGUGAUUAAAUGGAAUCCCAGAGAGGGACAAGUCAAGGUGAACAUAGCAGCUAACUGUUUAAGUACAGAUUUUAGUAACCAAAAGGGUGUUAAGGGAAUAUCAUUACACGUACAAAUAGAUACCUUCGAAGAAAAUCACAGUGUACCAAUACAUAGAGGAUAUUGUCAAAUCAAAGUAUUCUGUGAUAAGGGUGCCGAGAGGAAAACUCGUGAUGAAGAAAGGCGAAAAACUGCCAAAAGUAAGGCAGAAAAUUAUUCUCAUCGAAACAAACAACCAGAAUUAUAUCAUAGUCAAUGUGAACGAUCUCAGUUUUAUUCCAUGGCUGAUCUACAGACAGUGCCAGCUUUCUUCUCCCCGGCAUUAGAUCAUUUAGAAUACUCAUAUAAACCACGUCUUGAAGCCAGUCCUAUUCAUGAAGAAGAUCGAAUAAGUUCUAUAAGUGAUGAAGAACGAUUUGAUGGUGAAUUUUAUCAACCUAGUAAGAGAGUUUGUAGAGGCCCUAAAGAGAGCAAAGUUUUAUUGUACGUGAAGGAGAAACAAGACACAGCAUUUACUGCUCUAAUGUUAAAACAACCAAAUGUUCAAAGUCUAUUACAAGCUAUUGAAGAGAAAUAUAAAAUUGCAAGCUCAUCUACUAAAAAUCUCUUUAAGAAGUCCACGAAAGGGAUAUUAGUUAAAAUGGAUGAUAAUAUAAUACAACACUACUCUCACGAAUCAACUUUCAACAUUGAAAUUAAGUCUUCAGUGGACCAAUAUGACAUUAUAUUAAAUGAAUUACCAACAACGUCUUAG